GAACACGGCAAACAUCACGGCUAUGGGAAAGAGCACCACCAUCCCGCCUAUUACAAGUACGGCUACAAAGUGCACGACGACUACCACGGUACGGAUUUCGGCCACAAUGAGCAUCGCGAUGGACACGUCACCAAAGGCGAAUAUCACGUCAAGUUGCCCGAUGGUCGCGUGCAAACCGUCACCUACUACGUGGAUGGCUACAAAGGCUACGUGGCUGAGGUCAAGUACCAUGGCAAGGCCCAUCAUCCCCAUGUGAAACCGCAUAAAGGCUACGGACAUGAUCACGGGCACGAUCACGGGCACGGCCAUGGUGGCCACUCGGAAGUGUAUGGCCAUCAAAAGCCAGGUCAUGAUCACGAGUAUCAUAAGCAUGAACAUCAUGAACAUGGACACGAUCAUGGACACGGAGGACAUUCGGAGGUGUAUGGACAUCAGAAACCAGGACAUCAUCACGGUCAUGAGUAUGGUCACUAAACAGAGUAUUUGAAAAGAGUGAAUAUGGUUCUUGAGUAUCCAUUGAUAAAUGAGUAGGUUGUGAAUGCACCUGUUUCAACGCACGCACCAUUAUUACCUAAUAGAUAUAUGUGAAUGUUGAGCAACAGAAAGUGAAAAAUAUAAAUAAUGGUAUGAUAAAACACCAAAAAUGACUCAUUUUUUGAAAAAUUUGGACAAUUCAGUGCUGCAUCAAAUUUGGAUUCAAGUAAUUUGCUGGAGUUUGAGAAACAAUUCUGCCUCUUUAAGCUAUGAGGAAUAGCUAUUUACUCAAUGACUGUUGCUUUCUCUGUUUAUCGGUUUUUAUUGUUUCCAAACACUCAAAAACGCAAUGUGGAUAGAAGAGAGCAUGAAGGUGACAAAAAAUGAGACUUGAUAAAAGUUAAAAUGGCUAAUCAAA